AUGCAAGCCCCUAAGAACAACUGGUUCAAAGAGGUCAACGCCUCAGAGAUUCUGACAGAAAAAGAGAUAAUCCACAAGCAGCUUGAUAAGCCUUCUUCCAGUCCUGUGUACACCUGUGCUUUCCUCAAGGUAAUUACAGCUUUUGCCCCAAGUGCAUUUUUUUGGGAAAAGCACACUAGUCACACAGCCAUGAAGGCACACUCUAAUGAUCUGGAUCGACUUCAUUCUCUCUGCUCAAGCUAUGUUACAAUAGAAGACUUCGUGAAAUAUCAUAUGUAUCCAGUUGAAUGGUCUUGGAACUUGUCCUACAAGUCUACCCGCUCAAGAUUGAGUAUAAUUGAAUCUCACUUCAACCGGGAAAAUCAACCCUCCAGUGAGAACGACGAUGGCAAAGCAUACUAUCGGUCACUGACGUUAUUAUCACCAUCACUUGUUAUCCUGCGACCACGGAAAGCACAGAGCGCCACUCACAGCAGGGUCCCUUGGAAGGACUUUUUUAGCGCUGAACAGAGACCAAGGUUUGGCCUUGAGAUGCCUCCGGGGGCUGGCUGUCCGCCCUGCCCGGCCCCGCCCUGCCGGCUGCUGGGCGCGUGGCACAGAGUGAGCGGGGCAGCCAAGUCCCCAGCGCCGGCUGCCGCUAAGCCAGGUAGACUCUAUAGACACGGCUCGCACAGGCACAGGCUUGGAGCCUCGGGCCCUGCCUCUGUCCCCCGCAAGGGGACCCGCGAGUCUCACAUCCCAGUGCUGGUGUCUCCCAGGCGCUACUGGCUGUGGCUUAGGCUGGGCGCCUCCCCAGGCACUGUCACCUUCCCAUUUAAAGCUAAGUCUGGCUUUGAGAAAAAGCUGAGUGGGCACAGUGUCUGCAGCGCUUUCUUCUGCAAGAUGAACACCAUUCUGCCUUGCCAAGAUCAGUAUUCUGUAGGAGGCCAGAGUUAUAAUUGCCCGUAUUCCACUACAACGUCAGAAUCCAGUGUUGACGUUUCCAAGGAGACUUGGGUCUCUUUCUGGGCUGCUGGUCUCCUGGACAACGCCGAGCCCCAGCAAGCAGCACAAGCACGGGACUCAUCCUGUGGCUUAAAUUUUCCUGUCCUGGACUCCUGUUCAUGGGAAGAGGAUCAGCUCUCAUCUCAGCUCUACAGAAAUAAACAGCUCCAGGACACUCUGGUACAGAAAGAGGAAGAACUCGCUAGGCUACACGAAGAGAAUAAUCACCUCAGACAAUACCUGAAUUCUACUUUGGUUAAAUGUCUGGAAGAAAAGGCCAAGAAAUUGCUGUCAUCAGAUGAGUUUUCCAAAGCGUAUGGAAGACUCAGAAAGGAGAAGAGGAAACCCAAAGAACACAGGCAACACCCUGCUGAGAUUCCCCAGUCCAAGACAGCCAAGAGAAACCUCUCCACAGAGUUUUCUAAGUGUGAAGAACAGCCUGGGCCCUGUGUGGACCCCUGGGUUCUUCAAAUCCUUGGGUUGAAAGACCUCAACACCAUUGAUGACACCCUACCAGCUAACUACAGUGCCGUCACCUCUCAUCCCAAAACAUUCCCCAGUAUGUCCUCCCAGUUUCUUCAUAAUAGAGUUGGCUAUGCAACUGUCCCCAGAGAUCUAUGCCUCGACUACGGAGGUGAGAGAACACAUGCCUCGCACACCACCCCCAUGCUCCAGCAAGACUGUCACUGUUUCCCUAGGCUUUCUAGUCCUCCAGUGGGGGUGCAAACUCUACCUUACCACACUGCAGAUGUGUCACCCAACAAGACAGAGGUGGCCUUCUCCACAUCUCUGAGCCCUCAUUGCAAUGUGAAAACUCACUCUUUCCACCAGGGACAAGCCUUUGUGCGUCGAGACCAAGAGGGAGGCUGGAAGUUUACCUGGGUCCCCAAGCAGCCUUAG